CCACCUCAGCAAUAGCUCCCUGAUACACGCACACCUUUAGAAGAACAUGAUGAAGAAGCACUUGUUACAUUUUGUGUUCUUUUUAGUUUUGACCUGGAGUUUUGUGACAUGCAUUCCUGAUAAAAAGGCUAAAGACAACUUUCCAUCAGAUGUGUUUCACAAUAAAACAAUCAUCACAGAUCACCAUCAUCUAGAAGAAGACCUUAAGAAUGAAAUAGGUGACAUUGACUUGGAGAAGGCCUCUGAAGACGAACUGGAGUUUUACUAUUUUACAAUGCACGACUUUGAUCACAAUAAGCUUUUGGAUGGACUAGAGAUAAUGGCUGCAUUGCAGGACUCACUCGAACAUUAUCUCGGUGAUGCAUUUUCCAAGGAAGAGAAGAUGAAGCACUAUAUAGACAUGACAGAUGAAGUCCUAGAGGAGGAUGAUCUGGACAAAGAUGGCUUUUUAUCCUAUGUCGAGUACAUGCAUUCUCAAAAACGUACAGCCAGCCCUACGACCAUUUUGGAUAAGACUGCAAAGGACAAAAAAGACUCUAAGAAAAGUACUUAAUCUAACAUAUCAUUUCCACAAAAAAUAAAUAAAUAAA